CCCAGUACGUUACAUACGUUGACUGCCAAGCUAGGAAUUUGGAAAGAAACCUCACUUAUCCUGGUUGAUAUUACAGCGACCUGUGUAAAAGAAUUUUUUCGGUUUGUGAGUUGUGCUGUGGUAGCGAGUGUUUGCAUUGUUCGGCUCACUUGUGUUUCGUCUUCCUGUGUUUGAUUUUCUACGUGAAUUAUUUCCUGUGGAACAUUAGAGCGGCGUCGGUGCGCUCCAUGUGUACAUUGUUUCUAUAAAUAUUUUCAAAAAUGUUGUGCUGAGUUAUUAAUAUAGCAUAAUUAAGAUGAGUUUCUCCAGCGAUGAAGUAAACUUUUUGGUCUACAGAUAUCUACAGGAGUCUGGCUUCCAGCAUUCCGCUUAUACCUUUGGAAUAGAGUCCCAUAUAUCGCAGAGUAAUAUCAACGGAGCGUUGGUGCCACCGGCAGCACUUCUGUCGAUUCUUCAAAAAGGCUUGCAAUAUACCGAGGCUGAAAUAUCGAUCGGUGGCGAUGGAACCGAACAGAGAAUGGUUGAAUCUUUGUCCCUCAUCGAUGCAGUCAUGCCGGAUGUUGUCGCAUCACGUCAAAACCAACAGAAUCAACAAAAACAACAGGUUAAAACCGAGGUUCAGGAUACUAACGGGGAAGAAGAAAUUAUUAUUCUGUCAGUAGUGACGUCAAACGUAGGUGUUGGUGUUGCGAUGAACGAGAGAGUUGGAGACAGAGAAGGGAUGGAAGUGGACGAGCAGCAACAGCAAGGUUCGAGUACAGGUGGUAGUGCGAGUGCUGUAGAAAUUCCAGCGAGUAAAGCUACAGUUUUACGAGGACAUGAAUCUGAAGUCUUCAUCUGUGCCUGGAAUCCGACAACUGACUUGUUGGCUUCAGGCUCUGGCGAUAGUACCGCUCGCAUCUGGGAUAUGUCUGACAACUCCCAAGCUCCGAGUCAACUUGUACUUCGACAUUGCAUUCAAAAGGGUGGAACGGAAGUACCUAGCAACAAGGACGUCACUUCGUUGGAUUGGAACUGCGAUGGUACGCUGCUGGCAACCGGCAGCUAUGACGGCUAUGCUAGGAUUUGGACAACCAAUGGAACACUGGCUUCCACACUUGGGCAACACAAGGGACCCAUAUUUGCAUUGAAGUGGAAUAAACGGGGCAACUUCAUUCUAAGUGCAGGCGUUGAUAAAACCACAAUAAUUUGGGAUGCCGCUAGUGGGCAGUGCACUCAACAAUUCAGCUUCCAUUCAGCUCCUGCACUCGACGUAGACUGGCAGACUAAUACUUCUUUUGCCAGCUGCUCGACUGACCAGUGCAUUCACGUUUGUAAACUCAAUGUUGAUAAACCGGUCAAAAGUUUUCAAGGACACACAAAUGAAGUCAAUGCGAUAAAAUGGGAUCCUCAAGGACACUUGUUGGCCAGCUGUUCGGAUGAUAUGACCCUAAAAAUUUGGUCAAUGAAGCAAGAUACAUGCGUACAUGACCUACAAGCCCAUUGCAAAGAGAUUUACACAAUAAAAUGGUCGCCGACGGGACCUGGAACGCACAAUCCAAAUAUGAACCUAAUUCUUGCUAGUGCUUCAUUUGACUCUACCGUUAGACUAUGGGACGUAGAGAGAGGGGCUUGUAUACAUACCCUUACGAAACACACGGAACCUGUUUAUAGCGUGGCAUUCAGUCCCGAUGGCAAAUUCUUAGCAAGUGGAAGUUUUGAUAAGUGUGUUCACAUUUGGUCCACUCAGAGCGGACAGCUGGUGCACAGUUACAAAGGUACAGGUGGAAUCUUUGAAGUAUGUUGGAACAGUCGUGGUGACAAAGUUGGCGCCUCUGCGUCCGAUGGCAGUGUAUUUGUCUUGGAUUUACGCAAGUUAUAAUCGUACUUUCAAUUGCAAUUGAUCUACAUUUGGUUAUCGUUUUUCCCUCGGUCUCAUUUCACACAUUCACUGCGAGGUAUUAUCCCAUUCAAAAGUGUACCUACUGCAAGUGUGUUCAAUGACCUAUUCUACUUCAAUGACCAUCCGGUAUUUAUUGCCAGAGACUUUAUUAGAGAUUCUGGUAUCUCCAUACAGACAAACAGCAUUUGCAUGUGCCGUCCAUCCGACAUACUUAAAGCAGUAGUCUGAUAAAGAAUAUAUUUCUACAAGAUACGAUGAUAUUAUACCUACUUCAACCUACGUUGAAAAAUUAUCUGAGACAUACCAAGAUGUCGAUGUUGUAUGGACACAUUAUCAUUAUUGCAUUAUUAAGAAAUAAUAAGAAAUAAACUUUUUUAAACAACCGA